UAUUGGUUAAUCCUUCUUUCAACAAAUGAAUUGCUAGAAUCUGCUGGACCACUUUAAUUUAUACCAUAAUCCGGAUUUUUUCAUUUUGCAAAGUUCACUUUUUUAUGCGCUGAAACGAUUUCCAGCAAAAUCAUUUUCCCUCAAAAUUCGAUUAACUAUCGAAACAACUAACACCACCUUCUAAUUUAAAAGAGCCUCUAAUUUAGGGAUAUUUGCUCAAAACUUAAAUCAAACCGUUAAAAACCAAACUACUGCACGUACGGUAAGGGAGCAGACCCCUUCAGACAGAUUCUUAGAGCCGUGACACCAUAGAAACGUGUGGGCUUCGGGGGUAUGUUACCCGUCUUCCCCCGGAAACUGAAAUCUCUGGGUUUUUGAGAUGCUGUUUCCUGCGUUCAGGAAGCAUUUGUCGGCAAAAGACUUAGAAGGAUAGAUAUUAAAUUACUGAGCAUAGAAAGAGACUAACGACUUCCAGAAAUGUCACUCUUCAAAUCUUGCAAAAAUUGAUUGAUCGCUAGUCGCUCUUCCCCCCGUCCCCUCCUCUCCCCCCUACCCUAUCGAAAAAAAAAUAAAGAGAGAGAGAGAGAGAAAAAAAAACCUGCAUCAACUCGCAAAAUAAAAAUUCCGCCAAAAAAUUUCACACUACGCGCUUAAGGGCAAAAAAAAACCUUUAUCCAAAACACGAUCCUCCUUCUGGGAUUUCUUCAUGCCCAGAUGCUAAAAUGUUUUCAAGUUCGGGGCAAAAAUUACCAUAUGAAAGCAAUACAAAGACUGAAUUACGUCAGUAGAUCGAAUCAUAUUUCGGAUCUGGUUUACGUCACACUACUAACAAAAGGCCAUUGUUUACUUAUUGUUGACAUUCGGGUGGCUUGAAUUGAAAUGAGUCCAAGCUUCGUCGAGUGUCCACCAAGCGCGACAGGAAUGAAAGCAAAGCCCAGCUAAAUUUUCAAAUCAGAACUCUUGAAAAUGCCGCAAAGAAUGACUUUAAAUUAUUGAAGUCUUUCUGGUUAAUGUCGUAACAGGAGAUUUCGAGCCCAACUUCGCAGGAGAGCCUAAUUAGGAAGAUUAAAUUGGUCAAGCGGAUCCAACGAGUUUCGAUACCAUUGUCGGUUUGAGCGCCACAAGAAUUGAAUUCAAUCGAACACAGAAGGAAGAAGCGCCUUGCUGAUUCAACAGGAAAACAGCAAAUUGAACGACUGUACGUGCCACAUAUCGUAAGCAGAAAAAAAAACUCAAAACAAGAAGAAACUCUCUCACAACAGAAAUCAACAUCACACGAGUUUCAUGAUGUCCCAUCAGCCUCAGUCAAUGACAGUUGCCGUGGCAACUGUGUCUGACACAAGCACAAUGGUAACUGUGGGGGAGGGGGACAAAACGUCGAUGGUUGAAAUCAGUCUUCCUGGUCAACAGACCGUGCAACAAAAACAUGACGUCCCCAGUGAAGAUGUCACCGGGACAGUAAACUCGUCCCGUUGGACCGACCCGGAAACCAUGGCCUUAUUAGGGCUUUGGAGGGCAAACUAUCGAAUUAUUAAAGGCAAGAAAAGGAAUUAUCAAGAAUGGAACAUGAUCGCUAAAGAGUUCAACCGUCGUGUCGCUCACUGCUCGCUGGGCCCCCGGACGGGUAAUCAGUGUAAGGUGCGGAUAAAGAACCUGCUCGCUGAGUACAACCGAACCAAGGACCAGCUGCCGCAUUCCUUUCCAUAUCAUGAUAUACUCAAGGAGAUCAUCAACAACAAGGGAGCGCCAUACAACGAGGAAGACGUGGUGCGUAUUAACAUCCCGGCGGAAUUGACCGGUGAUAAUGUUAUGAGUACCCCGACAGUUGUUACGGCUUCUCCGGCUGUGACCAUCGCCAUUCCCUCCGACACGGUCACGCCCAGACCUCUACGCUCCAUCAAACCAGCACCCCCGACCACGCCCCUAAAUGCCCCGAUAGCGAGCCAGGUUGGACAGUAUCCCAUUCCAGUACACGUAUACACGGAGGCAAUUCCUCAGACAACUCAAGUGACGCCACUGAAUGCGGAAACUGUACAACAGAGCGUUCAAAGCGAGGAGGAUUCCUCGGACGAUGAUGACAGCUAUCCAGAAGAGGCGACUUUGCGGGGCAUCAAAAGGCCCCACAGCGCGUCCUAUGAUCCGGUACCCAGGAAGAAGCCAAGAAAGAACCCCAGGCCGGGAAAAGUGGUACAGAGCAGGCAGGAGGAUCUUAGCAUGAUCGCCAUCUUGAGAGAGUUUUUGGAAGACAGUCGCAAAAGAGAGGAGGACUUAUUUAAGAGAAUUCUACAACAGCAGCUUGAAGCGGAGAGCAGAUAUCAACAGUUUACACUAGACGUUCUGAAGGAAAUCGCAAAAAUGUUCAAGAAGGACUGAUGGUGUGAUUAUGACCGUAAAUGUUCAAAGGCAAGAACUACCUCACACACCUGUUAUAUAUAUCUGCGGUUGCCGAAGCCAACAAAGUUGAAUUUUUUCAGUUCCGCGAAACCCUCUAUCCGAGAUUGCGCCGUUUAAUCUUAUCAAGAAUUUUUUCCUGGCCCCAGUUGUUCCAAAGAAUGAUGACGCUACCCAUAAGAUAAAUCCCACUGGAUAGCGCAGAUGGUACUUUAGUUAACCUGCUAUCCUUUAAAUAGCGAUGCAUCCAGUGGAUAGCGUUAUCUACCCUUUAAACAACUGGGGCCUGGAUAUUUGUGUUAAAGUAACAUUAUUACCCAAUGUUGUUUGACUUGUUCAUAUUCUAUUUAGAAGUUUUUGUCCGCGAAUUUGUUCAAUAAGUUAAAAGCGUACUUGAAAUUAAAAGUAGGUCAGACUG